AAAGCAUCCCUGGUUCAUUCUGUUCGUGCUGUCACCCCGAUUGCGCAGGUCGCCUGUCGGACUCUCUUAUCUCAGCCGUUGCUUGUGACUUUACUGUUUUGAACUGCAACGCACAGCAGAUAUUUUGCAACGCUUAGAAGUAAGAGGUCCACCAUGGCCGAACUAUCUAGUUGUGUAGAAAUGCUGCUUGAAAACGAUCAAGAGUUGUUGGAGGCAGCGACAGAAACAUUGCUUAAGGGGGACAAUAAACUAGUUUUGCCCAAAAAUGAUUCCUUGGAGAGAGUCCGUCAGUAUCAGAGAGAACUUCUGAGUCUAAGGGAGAGUAAAAUGAAAAAACAGCCUGCAGUAAAAGCAGACUCUAUUCAGCCAGUUGUUGCUCUAACACCAGAGAUGCAGGAAAUGGAGUUGGCUGUCAAAUCCCAACUAGCGCAUGAGUUUGAGAGGGUGCUUAUUUAUGAGAGCCCAGCGUUGCAAGAAAAAGCCCGUCAAGUUCUGCCCAUACAAGAGAUGCAUGAACAGGCCCGAAAGAAUUUAUCAACAGUUAACAAUGCUGUUGGCAAAGAUGAAAAACCUUUGGAUUUUCAGCUUCAAAGUUGAAAAAUGUUGCUGCUAGUACCACUUGUAUAAAAAUGAAAAUGAGAAAGCCUUGUAAAUAAAAUUCAUAUAAAGCAGCAAAAUAUAUGAAUCAUCAUUUGUAUGUACAAGUCUUAAGAAGACAGUAAACUGCUAGAAGGAGACUGAAAAAAAAAUCAGGAAUGGACCAGAUUUGCUAUGCCAUGCAGUGACCACAUAGUAGGUGUCACCAGGGGAAACUUGACAACAAUACCAGAUAUCUUAAUUGACUCAACAUGCAGUAAAAGAAGACAGUAAAAUAGCCCACUAAGAUGUGACAGCUCAUGCAAAAUGAUAUCAUGAUUGUGGUGAUUAGGACUUUAUGUAAAAACAGAAGACACAGACUACAGUUGUAGCAAAUGGGGCAGUAGGAACUGAGUGAUAGAUUAUGUCAUUCAUUUCCCCCAUUAACCUGUUGGACCUGGUUCCCCCAUUUCUUAGCUUGUUGUUGUAGGGGGCUUAGGAGACGGAGCCUGAGGCCCAAUGUAGGGGAUCACCCAUGCCUUGGGUCUCAGCCCUCACCUCAACUAAUUUUGCAUGGUCUUUUCUUCUCCCCCUUUCCUUUUCCUCUACUUCUUGAUCCCCAUCUUCUGUCCACUUGUCCUAAUCCUUAACUCAUGUUUACCAUUUUUGCCACAGUACUUUAUAAUAAUGCUGCACAGCCUUUGAUGUCUAGCAUAUUUAUUUGUUUUAAUCAAUAACCAUUCUGUGAAUCCACAAACAUUGCCUUAUAAACCAAAAUAACUUCUUUACCUGGGAGCUUCGCUCCCAAGCCCUACCCUAUGGCUAUAUUUUAAAAUGCCACUAAUGACCUUAGAUGUUGAUACAGCAGAAAAUUUUCAAUAGAUAAAUAAAUUUUGAUGGCAUAACAUAAGAUUAUCAGCUUGCAAUAAGGCAAAAUGCUGACAAAAAUGCAAAUAGAUUAUAGGAUAAAAAAAAAUGUUUUCUUUAGAUUCAUGCUUUGAUUCUGAUUUUGUUGUCAUCAAAUCACUACUCACUGUCUGUUCUUAGAAAAUAAUGCCCAUCCUUUGCACAAGUCUUUAUUUGCCUGCUUAUAUUUAAUUUGGUACACUAUUUUGAGUAAUCAGUUUGCUUACAAAAGAAAUUGUCUCUGAAAGGGUUGCCAUUAGGAUUUCCAUGCUUAUAUUGGAGAUUCAUUAAACAUUAAUUAGGCAGACCACAGCAGUGCCUUAGAAGGGUGCUUGGGAAUCAGGGAAGGGGUGGAAAAUGUGGCUUAUGGUUUAAAGGUAAUCUGUUUAUUGUAUUAGCUGAAAUGGUUUCUGAAAAUCAAGGCCAAAUACUUCAAAAUA